AUGUUCCCAUGCGAUCACUGGGCAAACUUUUUGACCCUGCCCACGAUCCCAAUGGUGGAAGGAGGGUCAGCGGCGCUCGAUCGCCGGCCCGCCCGAACCCUUCCCGGUUCGGGCCGCAUUUACCGCGGAAGCUCAUCCGAGUCGCCGCAACAAUGCGCGGAGAUCCAGGGUACUGCGCUCUCAUUGGCGGAAUUCAACCCCUCCGCCGCCCCCGCUCCCGGCGCGCUCGCUCCCACCGGCUCGCGUCCGCAAACCCGCGGCCAAAAGCCUUCUUUCCCCCGCUCCGCUUCGCUAGGCGCUGGCGGAAAAUCCUCCCCCGUACCUCCCCCCGCUUCGAGCGCAGCGCAUGAGCGCAACCUCCACAGGCGCUCGUCCGCGGCGGGGUCAGCGGGAGCGGAUCUCGGCGCACGAGUCGCGGCGGCGGCGGCGGCGGUGGCGGCAUCCGUGUCAGCGGCAAAUGCGGCUCCGCUGGUUGCUCCUACGGCUGCUGAGCCUUCCGUCGCGGCAGAGGCGGCAGAAGCGGCGGAGGCAGCGGCGCAGCGGAUCGCGAAAGCGCGGGAGCUGAUGGAGCGGCUGCACCAGCCGACGGCGCACGAGAUGCGCCAGAAGCGGGAAGAGGCGGAGCGGCGGGAAAAGGCGCGGCAAGAGAUGCUGGAGAGGCAACAGAACGAGGAGCGGCGAAAGCAGGAGCUGGUAACCCGCGCGGCGACGAUCAUCGCAACCGCGGGUAGGCCAGGCGCGCGGGAAUUCCGCGCGGAGCAGGAGCGACGGGAGGAGGAACAGCGCGCGCAAGAACAGCGCGAGCAGGAGCGGCGGGAGGAGGAACGGCGCGCGCAAGAACAGCGUGAGCAGGAGCGGCGGGAGGCGGAAGAGCGACAGAGGGAAGAGGAGGAGCGGCGGCAGCAGUUGAAGAGCCGGGCGGCCGCGAUUGUCGCCAAUGCACCUUCGUGGGAGCAGGCGUUACAGCAGCAGCUGCGGCAGCAGGAUCAUGCUACUACAGCCGGGUUGCUACAUUCAGAACAUUCGGGCGCCGCCGCCGCGAAAUGGAGGGAAUCGGAAGCGCCGGCGGUGAUGUUGUCGCGACGUCGCCCACUGACUCUACAGAUUGGCGAAGCAAGCGAAUGUAACCCUGUAACGGUCGCUUCCGCCGCGACAGGUUCCGCGAGGCCGCAAGCCGCGGCGGGACCGGAGCGCAGCCCGCGAUCAGCGCCGCUGGCGACGGCGGCGGCGUGCGCAUCCACGGCGCAAUCAGUGAUGGCGGGAGCGAAGUCCCCCGGCUCGAUCUCCCGGGGCGCGACUCGAUCGUUCGGAGCAUCCGCCGCGGCUCCCCCUCCCCCUCCCGCGGCAUUACUUCCGCCCAAGUCUCCCGCUGCGCCGACCGCGGGCGGAAGCGCUUCUUUCGCCAGGGAAGAGGCGAGUAGAGCUCAGGCGACUAAAUCACCCAAAGGCGCUCUUUCUUCGUCGUCGGGAGGUCGUCAUACACGGAGCUUUCACGGGCAGCAAGAAACUUUCCAGGGGCAGCAGGGCGAGCCGCUCGGGCAGAGAAACGGGCAUGUGAAAAAAUCAGUUUCGUUUCCCGACAUGGGGUGUUUACACCCGCCCGGGUUUCCUGGAAAGGCCGCGGAGCGCGGUACUAGUAGCGGCUCCAGCCAUAGCCCAAGAGCCUCGCACGGAGCGUCGGCAAUAGAAAGGUCAACUAGGAGAGGCGGCUCGAUGGACUCAACUGGAGAUCAGUUAGUGGAAGGUGAAGGGGACGACUGGGGUCGCGCGGAAGCGACUCGGAUGGAGAGGCGACGCGAGAGGAGGAGAGGAGGCAGCGACGGGUGCGCGCUCGCGUUCGCGGAUGACUGGGCGGCGGGUCAUGAUGACGAUGUUCCUGUAGCGAGCGCGGUUGUAGCGAGCGGGUGGGAGCGCGAGAUUAGCUUAGCGGAUCUGCCUCUCGAUUCCGCGCCGGUGCUGGUCGUGUCGCCGGGGCUUGUGGAAUCUCAGAUUGAUCUGCACGAUAGCCCUCUCUCCCCCUCCCCUCCCUCCCCAAUCCCUCUCUCCCCCUCUCCCCACACUCUCCCUCGCCACCCUUACUCCCCUCACUCUCCCUCCCCUCACUCCCUCUCUCCUCACCCCCCCUUCCAAGACGCUGUAAAACCCUAUGGCACAUCGCCUAUCCCUCUGGCCUUUCACGGCGUGACUCGAAAGAAGGACUCUCUUCCGCCUCUUUCCCCCACCUGCAUUUCCCCCCACGCCCCCCCCGCCGGACCUGCCUCCAAGGCUCGGCACGCCUACCCCCGGAGCAAGAGCUCCGAAGCAGGAGAUACGGCUCCGGAGGGCAAAUUUCCCGAACCUGAGUAUUCUCCAGGUUGGGAUGGUGUUGUCGAGGUGAACAGGGUGCGAUCCCUAGAGGAACGGGUUCGAGGUUCGGGCCGAGCCUGCGCUGCCGAGGCUGAGGAUUUGGCUAGUGGACGAGUAUCCCGAGCCAAGACCGUGGAAGGCAGGAUUGAGGGAAAGGGAGGGGGAAGAGGGAGGGGAGGAGGAGCAGGGGGAGUGAGAGAAGCGAGGGGAGUGGGUGAAGGUGUGAGAAGAGGGGAAGUGCAGCAGAGACGACCGGGGAAUCGGUCCCAUAGUAAAUCCAUGGACUCUGGAUCAGGAGGUCUGGGAUGCAGCAAGCAGCAAGCAGAAUCAGCAUCAGACAUCCUGGGCAAUCACAGUCACAGCAGCCCGAGCAACCAGGGUAAUCAGGGCAACCGGGUAACCAGACAUGUGUGUAGUGCGGUGGAGAGCGGCAGCAGAGGGAACUCUUCAGGGGAAGCGGCUGGGGAUGAUUCAGGGAGGGGCGGGGGGAGAGGCGGAGGGAGAGGCUGGCACAGGAGGGCGGCUACAUGGGCAGACCCGAAAGAAUUGAGUCCGGCAGGGAGGGAGGAUGGAGGGGAAGGUGGGUCGCUUUCCAGGCGAUCACCCGGUGCUGCCAUUGCUGCCAGCACAGGCGAGGCGGAAGCUAAGGCAGAUGGGAGCAGCCGUUGCGAGCCCAUCCAAACCCUGCCUGCUGCUGCUGCUGCUGCUGCUGCUGCUGCUGCUGCUGGUGCCGACUCAGCCGCAGGCACACACGGUGCAGACACAGAAGCGGACGAAAGAACCCAGUGGGAGGAGGCGGAGCUGCACAUCCGAACGCGGUUCUUCAAGGCGAGUCGCAACCGUCUCUUCAACCUCGCUGCCAAGGGCCUCUCCUCCUUCUCCAAACUCCUCGCUGCUGCUGGCGCUGCCGCUGCUGGGGCGGCUGCAGGCAUGGGCGUGGGGGUUGUGGGGGUGAAUGUGCUGGGUGGGGUGUUUGGGGAGGUGGACGAGCGGUAUGAGGUGCAGGGAGGGAAGGAGCUGGGCGCGGGGCAGUUUGGGGUGACGCGGGUGGUGGUGUGUCGCAGCACGGGGAGGCGGCUUGCAUGCAAGACCAUCAACAAGGCGGCUUUCAAGUCCAAAUCCGACAUCGAAAACGUGCGUCGCGAAGUCGCCAUCCUGAACCUCCUCAAAUCCCACCCCAACGUAAUCCACCUAGAAGAAGCCAUCGAAACCCCUCAAUCCAUCCACCUGAUAAUGGAGCUGUGCUCGGGCGGGGAGCUGUUUGACCGCAUCAAGGAGCGGCGGCGGUACAGCGAGAGGGAGGCGGCGGUGGUGAUGCGGGCGGUGCUGGGCGUGCUGCAGAGCUGCCACCACCGCCACCACGUGCUGCACCGCGACAUCAAGCCCGAAAACAUCCUCCUCGCCCACCCCUCCUCCCACACCGACGUCCGCGUCAUCGACUUUGGCGUCGCCGCGUUCCUCAAGCCGGGGGGAAAGCCACUGAGCGAUGCGGUCGGGUCGCUGUUUUACAUCGCGCCGGAGGUGAUUGGCGGGUCGUAUGGGACGCCGGCGGACGUGUGGUCGGCGGGCGUUGUCCUGUAUGUGCUGCUGGCCGGGGUGCCGCCGUUUUGGGCGGAGACGGAGGCAGGGGUGGCGCGGGCGAUUAAGGAGGAGGAGGUGGGGUUUAAGGGAUCGGCAUGGAGGGGCGUGUCGGAGGAGGGGAAAGAUCUGAUUCUCAAGAUGCUGGAUCGCGAUCAGAAGCGGAGGGUCUCAGCACAAGAAGCUUUAGAGCAUCAGUGGUUCAGUCGCUUUGAGUGA